CUGCAGUGUUUCGGAGGGGGGCGGGGCCACCAUGCCAACAACGACAGUGGCCACGCCCCUCCCCAGCAUCGGCAAAAUGGCGACGGUGGACUGUGAUGAUGUGAACAUGGACCCUGACAUGGAAUUCCUCAGUGACGAGGAAUUGGAGAGGGAAGCAGAGGGCUUCAAAGAACAAGGCAAUGCAUACUACAUCAAGAAGGAUUACUCUGAAGCAUACAAUUACUACACCAAGGCCAUAGACAUGUGCCCUAAGAAUCCCAGUUACUAUGGCAACAGGGCGGCCACGCUAAUGAUGUUGUGUCGGUACAGAGAGGCUUUGGAGGAUGCCCAGCAGGCGGUGCGAUUAGAUGACACUUUCAUGAAGGGACAUCUACGAGAGGGGAAGUGCCACCUGUCCCUCGGCAACGCAAUGGCAGCCAGCCGCUGUUUCCAGAGGGUUCUGGAGCUGGAGCCCGACAACAGCCAGGCCCAGCAGGAGGUGAAGAACGCAGAAUCUAUCCUAGAGUAUGAGAAGAUGGCUGAGAUCGGAUUUGAAAAGCGCGACUUUAGAAUGGUUGUCUUCUGCAUGGACCGUGCUUUGGAGUCGGCCUCAGCCUGUCACAGGUUCAAGAUACUGAAGGCAGAGUGCUUAGCCCUGCUGGGACGCUACCCUGAGGCCCAGACUGUCGCCAGCGAUAUUCUGCGAAUGGACUGCACUAAUGGCGAUGCCCUGUACGUGCGUGGUCUCUGUCUGUACUAUGAAGACUGCAUUGACAAGGCUGUCCAGUUCUUUGUUCAGGCUCUGCGUAUGGCUCCUGAUCAUGAAAAGGCUCGGCUUGCAUGCAGAAAUGCCAAAGCACUCAAAGCCAAGAAGGAGGAGGGGAACAAAGCUUUCAAGGAGGGAAACUAUGAGGCAGCCUAUGAACUCUACUCUGAGGCACUGACAAUAGACCCUAACAACAUCAAGACUAAUGCCAAGCUGUACUGUAAUAGGGGCACUGUUGGAUCCAAGCUGAAAAAACUAGAGCAGGCCAUUGAAGACUGCACAAAGGCAAUUAAGCUGGAUGAGACCUACAUCAAGGCCUAUUUACGGAGAGCACAGUGCUAUAUGGACACAGAGCAGUAUGAAGAGGCGGUCCGGGACUAUGAGAAGGUUUACCAGACAGAGAAGACAAAAGAGCACAAGCAGCUCCUGAAGAACGCUCAGCUUGAGUUGAAGAAAAGCAAGCGGAAAGAUUACUACAAGGUGCUCGGGGUGGACAAGAACGCCACAGAGGACGAGAUCAAGAAGGCGUACCGCAAACGGGCCCUUAUGCACCAUCCAGACCGUCAUAGUGGAGCCAGCGCUGAGGUGCAGAAGGAAGAGGAGAAGAAGUUUAAGGAGGUGGGCGAGGCUUUCUCUGUGCUCUCAGACCCAAAGAAGAAGUCUCGCUAUGACAGCGGUCAGGAUCUGGAGGACGACGGCAUGAACAUGGGAGAUUUUGAUGCCAACAACAUUUUUAAGGCAUUCUUUGGAGGCCCAGGGGGAUUUAGUUUUGAAGGUAAUUCAUCAUCUGGACCAGGAAAUUUCUUCUUCCAGUUUGGUUAAUUGGAGGAUUCAUCUACUUCAACAGUUGCCACAUCAGGACUAUUCAACAAUGUCAAAACCCCCAGCCCACCACCCUUAUUUAACAUAUCUGACUGUUUGCAGGUCAGACUCUUGUCUAUGCCAUUGACUGAAUGAAUGCUACCCAAUCACAUCAUGCAGCAAAUGAGUAAUGCCCAUAUAGCAAGGAUAGCAAGAGGGCUCAGACUAAGCUGAUAGCAUUACUGGUUUUGUGCUUGGUUUUCUUCUCCCAGAAAGAAACAAAACUUGAAAGUCAGUAAUGGCUAGCAACAUUGGUCCAAAAUUCCCGGGAUUUCUGAGAAAAGAGAAAUUGCAGCUAUCGUGUCCGAGCUUUUUAGGGAUCCAUGCAGGAAGUGACACCCAGGGGAAACUCUUGAGACAUAACUGAGCAUCGAGAAAGCUAUUAUCCAGCUCGCCUCCACUUGCUGAAGGGGUAUUGUCUGCAUGAACGUUAAUAACUUGCUCCAUGAAUUCUAAAGGUAGGAAACGCAGGCAUCCUCAGUAAAGGUAAAUUGUGUUGCCAGAGCAUCUGUCAGACAAAGACAGUUGGUCACCCCAAAUUCGCACUGAAAACUGCCUCUUACUCAAAGGCCAAAAGGAGCAGUUAAAGUUGAGCCUUUUUUUUCUACAAAAGUUGGAGCCUAGACCUAUACAAACAGUGAACCCGAAGCACAGUAUGGCGAUGGCAGUGAGAAUCGCUUCGCUGGCUGGUUUACGCCAGCACCGUCACCCUCUUGUUAUUAUCUCCCUCACCACAGGUUUUAUGUUUGACGUUGCCAUUCACUGAUUGCUGCAUUGUACAUUUUACUGGAAUGUAAAGUGUUGAUUUGUGACAAUAGUUGACAAUUUUUCCGUUUUUUUUUUUUUAUUUUGAUAUGUAUAUUUAUUGUAAAUUUGCUGUCUGAUAGAGCCAUCAGUAGAAGAUGAGGAUGCUCUUCUGUUCCAUUAAAGAUUGAAAAGGGCACCAAUUCUGAGCAUCCCUCUGGCCCAAACUCAGGAAAGGAUUUGCUUGUUCCACAUCAUAAAAUGACAGGCAUUGAAUAUGCUGGAUGUGUUCUUUGACUGUGAUGCAGUUGCAUUUGAAAUAUACUAAUGUUGAAGAAUGCUGACUGUUUUUUAUUGUGUGAGAAUGUGUUGCUGUCCCUUUUGGGAUUUUUGAUGGCUACCGUACAGUGCCCCUAUAUGAUGAUGAAGGCCUAAUAUUGCAAAAUAACAAUGGCAAUUACUUCCAAACUGUGAGUUUGGAGUGUGUUGCUCACUUGGUGCACUUCAUGAAGAAAGGAAGGCGUCCUCAUCUUUGCUCUGAUAGAUUUUGCUUUUAAGGUGAAACAACAGUCCUCCUAACUGUGGAAAGUUACCAGCCGUGUAAAUAAAGUUGGCCUCCUCUGGGUUUCCCCUAAA